AUGUGGCAGUCUGGGCAGCUUUCUUGUGGCAUCGUCGCCUUGGUCGUGCAAGUGCUUCUCUUCCUGCUGUAUGUUCAUCGUCGACCAAUGGCCGCUCCAGCAGUGUUGGUGGAAGGGCCUUUCACGCUUCGAAGAGGACAGGAAAAGCCAUUGAUCAGCUUCGGCAGUGGACGUUACGACCGCUACGAGUCACUUCGUACCGGCCAUUCGACUUUGGGUGUCGAAAAGAAGCCCAUCAAGCCGGAGACUAUCAAACCUUCAUCAACUCGACCAACUCCAUCGCAGAAGGUACCCUGCUGGUAUGAGGAGGAGAAGACGCGGCGGACUGGACUAAGCUGGUCGUGGGGCCCACCACUGAAGCUGCGAAUGCGCAUGGCAGGAUUUGGAACCAUUGGGAUAGAAUUGGUGAAUACUGGGCAUGUGGAUGGUCCGAAGGGUUUCAUCCAUAUGGCACUUGAUGGGCACCGUUUGCCUUCCAUACCCAUGAACCAGACUUGCCACUUGCUCCUGGCAUUUCGUGAUGCAGAGGACUUGGAGGUAGAAGCGCCUAGCCCUGAUGUCUUCAACUUCGGCGGAGACCUGAAGGUGUUUGCUCACCACUGCCCGCGACGUUUGUCGGGGCCAAGCGCUGAAGCCUUGGGUGCCGGGCAAGCAGUUACUUGUAGGGCCCGACAGCAGGUCUGGAUUGGAUGGUGCGGAUGCUACGCUUCCUCCUCAAAGCUCGCUCCGAGCUUUGAGGGCCACGACUGGCGAGCAGGGAGGAUCGACGAGGUCAUCAAUGCUUCAUAUGCUGUGGUGAGUUUAUCGACGGAUGAGAGGUUUGUGCUUCCUGCCUGGCAGCUUUUGCCAGCCAGUGGCAGUGAGUUUGACGACUUGGACAGCUCGGUUCAGCGUUGUGCAAGUUUCGAACUUGGGUGCAGCCUCGACGACAACAUGGGCUUCAACCGUGGAAACACUGUGUUGGCACUUGGACCGGAGAAGUACCGCUCCACAAAAUCGCAGUUUUGGAAGGACACCGAGGAGCUGGAGCGCUUUCCUCCCAAGUAUCAGGAACAGGAGGACGUUUUCGAGGAGUAUCUUCACAAUGGCUCGCUUUCUCCAUCGCGGCAUCAGCUCGCGCUGAAGAGCUCGUCAGGAUUGAUGGAGUUGCAUUACGACACUAUGAGGAAGCGGGCCAAGGAACGUGCAGCCCAUCCGGUGCAGAAGAAAUUGCCAAGCAUGGACAGAGCUUACACCGCGUGCGCCGGUUACAGCGGUCUCAUCCCGGGCAAGAUCUCCGGCAACAUUGGUUACUCGAUCCGCUUCGUUGAGCCGCAAUCCGGAGAUUCAAUCGCAGGCAUGCGAGUCCUGUCAUUGCCGCGACUGACCAGUUUUGUACGGGACAGCGACGCAGGAGACUCUCCGCCGCAACGUGCUCGUAGUUGGUCAUCCUCCACCUAUCCGCUUAGAGACCUUCUCUCGCCGAAACGAAUGAACGGUGCUGAGCUUUUGCUCGAUGGUGGCGAGACUCACCGGGCCAACAACAUCCUGCAUCUGUGGAAAGUCCGGGGGGCCAAGCGGCCGAUUACUGACUUUUACACGAAAGUGCAGGUGCUUGGGGAGGGUGCGUUCGGAACCGUUUCCAAGUGGCGCGUCAACGGCAUAGACGAAUCUGCAGACAAUCAUGUGGCUGUGAAACUGAUCAAGUGGCAGGCGGUGUGGCAAGGUUUCUUUCGGAAUCGCGCUGCCGAGAAAGAGAUUCGAAAAGAGCUGAAGCUUCUCUUGAUUUUGGAUAACCCGUUCAUCAUCAAGUUUCGUGAGUGGUUCGAAGAUCCAUGCAGCGGGAUCUUCUUCGUAAUGGAACUCUGUACUGGACCGUCCCUCCAGAACAUACUUGAGGACGUCUGUGCGCUAUCCGAGCAUUCGGAGCGUACAGCAUACUUGCAAAAGCUGCGACGGCAUUUCCGAGAGGUGACGUAUGCCGUCAGCUACAUUCACAACUUUGUCCCGGCUGUGAUCCACCGGGAUCUGAAGCCCGAGAAUGUUCUUCUCGCUUCCUGCUGUGACCACAGCACAGCGAGACUGAUCGAUUUCGGCUUGGCAUCCCUGAAGACCGACGAGGACUACGAGAACCUCCCCGUUGGCACGAUGGUCUUCAUGGCGCCGGAAACGUUUACAAACCCGUCUCCACAACUCACUGGGCACACGGAUGUCUGGGCUCUGGGAGUUAUUUUGACCUGGAUCAUGACUGCCGUUGAGCUCGGCAGCUUGCAACAUCCAAACCUGGAUCGUGAAGAUGGCCGGGAAUUUUGCGUGAAGUGGAUCGACAUGUACCGCGCUUUCAAGAACAAAGUGCCUUGGAAUCGUGCUCUGGUGAAGGGCCAUCCGGAAGUUGCCAGCAUCCUUGACAAGGUUCUGGCGAUCGAUCCAGCUGAACGUUGUAGUGCUUCUGACAUCUUGCAGGCUGACUGGAUGCGUGUAACUGAUCCGGCCGCUUCUGCCUCCGCUGCGCUGUUGGAGAAAGGGACUCUGCUCUACAAUCUGCGAACAUUCACGGAGCUGUCCGCCUUGGAGAAGAAGAUCGUGUCCCUGGUAGCUGAUCAUGCUCCUGAUGCGAAGACAGCACUUCUCCGAAGGACAUUUCGAGCCUUCGAUAAAACCAAUGACGGCUUUCUGGAGAUGUCCGAGUUGAUCGAAGGCUUCAGGGAACAUGAUGUUGACGUUGACGAAGCAGCUAUUCGGGAAGUGUUUGAGGCGAUGGACCUGGACGACAACAAGCUUAUUAGCUAUCAAGAGUGGCUCGCUGCUACUAUUGGGCCGAAGGUGCUUGAGUCUGAAGGUGCACUGCGAGCUUGCUUCCGGCGCCUGGAUGCUGAAGCCAAUGGCAUCAUUAGCAGAAGUGACAUUGAGAGGGCCGUUGGAGAAGGAGGUGCGGACCAAGUCUUUGGGCCGCGAGAAGACUCCUUCUUCGAAAGCGAUUGCCAGCUCACCUUCGAAGGUUUCAAGGCCCUGGCCAGCAGGAUUGGCGAAAAGCGCGCAGUCACAUCGGUGGCCAAAGGAAGACAGAAACCUUCCGCUGACAUGAUCGUAGGGUGCUCCUGGCGAGAGGGCAGCCGCCUGGCCUUGGAAACACAAGGGCAAUUCUUCAAGCCACCCAUGUCUGGCCUGGUCUUCUCAUUGAAGAGGAGGACGCUCAGCAGAAGUGCAUCACUGCCCGGGGUGGAUGGUAUGGCCUCUUCCAAGAAUGCUAGCACAUUGAAGCUCGAUGAACGCGGCGCGUUUCCUUGA